AUUUUCGAGACAUUUGUUUACUUUUUUUCCAUCCGGAGUAUUUUUUGAUUGCUUCAAUACAAGCCUCACUAAAACAGGUGAUAGUAGUAAUUAAUUAGUUUAAAAUGUCCGGAUAUAAACGCAAUUAUGGAUUGGAAGAAACCGUGCCCUAUCAACUAUUCGCUCGCUCCCAACAGAAAGAAAAACUUGCAAACAAGAGUAAUAAAAACACAGACCACCACAAAAUAUUUCUGCAGAGCAGUAUAGUUUCCCAAGCAAAGGGCUCUGCAUAUGUUGAAAUUGGUAACACUAAAGUUAUUGUCUCUGUUUUUGAUCCUCGAGAAAUUCCCAACAAAGUAGAUUAUGCACUUAAAGGGGAGGUAUCUUGUGAAUUCAAGUAUGCCCCAUUUAGUUGUCCUAAGCGCAAGUUUAACCAAUUUAACAAUAAAGAAAAGCAUUAUAGCAGCAUGAUGAAAAAAGCUUUAGAAUCUGCAAUUUGUUUACAUGAAUUGCCUAACUUUCUGGUUGAUAUUCAUGCUAUGGUUCUUGAAGAAGAUGGCUCCGCUUUAAGUGGCGCUAUAAUUGGUGCUGGUUUGGCUCUAGCUGAAGCAGGAGUUCCAAUGUAUGACUUAAUAACCUCUGUUACAAUGAAUAUAGUGCCUAAAAAGGAUCAAAAUGAAGCAAACCAAAAUGAAGAAGAUGAAAUGCAUAGUCUAUUAGUCGUUUCAAAACUUCACACACAUAAACAAAUAUGUCAGAUAUAUCAAAAUGGUUGUAUAUCUUCAGAUAAACUUAAGGAGUAUAUAAAAGCUCUCUCUAAGAGUUGUGAUGAUAUUGUGCCUAUUGUUCAAAAAUGUUUGUUAAAAGCAGUUAUGAGUAAUAUUAAAAGUUAGAAUUAUUA